AGUGUCCGGAGUUUUCUGUCUCUAUGCCGCUAAAUUCAGGAGCGUUUUUAUUUUAAACUAAAUAAAAUCUGUUCGUUUCUUCGCGUCGAUGAAAGAACAAAGAGAAGCGGCGGGUUCCAGGAUGGAGCUUUCAUCUUUGCUUCAUGACCUUCAUCUCUUGUCCUCAGAGAAGCCCCUCCCCUCUCCUCCUCUCCCUCCAAUCACAGAGCUCCUGUCUCGGCUGCAGGAGAAGCUGAUUGGUGCGUCCUCAGACUCUGAGACAAACUCCCUGAUUGGUCACAUGGAGCGGCUCUUUCAGACAGCUGAUCCUGAUUGGCUCUUCUCACCGGCUUCGGCCAAUGAGGAGGAGGGUUGGGCGGAGCUUCAGUCAGCGUACAGGUCUCUGACAGAAGCUGUGAUUGGCUGUGCAGCUCUGCCGCUCUGUGAGGACAACGUCAGCUCUGUGAUGGCUGCAGCCUAUCAGAGCGUCCCGGGCCGAGCCGUCCGGGCAUGCUCUGCUCUCAGGGUGCUGCUAGGAGCUCUGGGAAACUUGGAGAGGACCGAUCUGCUGCUGACGGUGGCUCCACCUGUGUGUGUGUUCGCCGUGACACACUUCCAGGAUCAGCCGUGGACCUCCUCCUCCUCCAGGGCAGCGGCACGGAGCCUGCAGGAGGCGCUGCUGAGGGCUGGGGGCUGGUCAGACUCCGCCCACCUCCUGAUGGGGGACAGGAGUCCGGGGGAGGAGGGGCGGAGCAGAGCAAUCGUGGGAGGAGUACUGGACGUCCUGCAGCCUCAACUCACCAAGGACUCGUGGCAGCGUUGUGAGGCGGUGAAGCUGGUGUUUGCAUGGACACUCCUGCAGGUGACUCGUCCUUCUCUCUCCCCUUACCUGCCUUGCCUCCUCCCCCCCUCCCUCCUCCUCAAUGACCACUACAGACCAGAGAACUGCAUGCUGGGAGUUCGCUGUCUGCACCAUAUUGUACUCAACACACCUGCUGCUGAUCUCCGUCAGUUCAACAGAGCAGAAGUUCUCUAUCAAGCGUUAUUCAAACACCUGUACACCACAGAGGCUGCUGUCAUACAGCUGGUCCUGUCCUGUCUGUUGGACCUGCUGUUGGUGCUGGAGAAGCCCCCCUCCUCACUCGCCCCCUCCUCCGCCCGCAGGAAGCCCUGUCGCCAUGACAACGUGCUGUGUCUGGUCCUGACCCACAUGGAGGCGGAGCACAAGGUGCCGCUGCGACACGUCUACGCCUCCGCCCUCCCUCUGUACAUCGACAGGAUGGGCGUGGCCGUGUGCAGACAUCUGCAGCGGGUGGAGCGGGUGGUGCUGGGAUACCUGGAGAUCAGAGAUCCACCUGAGGAGACGGACAGACUGAAGAUGCUGGAGGUGCUGCAGAAAACCACCAGAGCAGCCUGGCCCCGGAUGGAGCGUCGUGUCGACGUGUUGCUGCGCUGCUUGUUGCGGCUGCUGCUCGAUGUUUCAUCAGACUCUGAGCUCAGCGACUCCGUCAGACUGAAGCUGAUGAAUGAAACCUCGCUCUGCAUCAAACUGCUGGACGGCUGCUCGUACGGAAAACUACAGCCUCUCCUUCAGCAGCUCGACAGCAGCUGUUGCAGCCCUGAGGUGCUCGGUUGCCUAGCGACUGUUACUGUGACAGCAGAGAGGUGACGCAGCACACCUUAAACACCUGGAAGUCUGACUUUUUCCUGUCAGAUGGAUCAGGACAGAGCAGAGGACAUGUGAUUGGACAGUCGAUUCCACAGACAUUGAUGUUGAGUGUUGGAGACUUUUAAUUUGAAAAGUUCAGACCCAAAUCAUCAGCGUGUAACUCCGUCUCUCAUCACUUCCUGUCUGUGUCUCAGCGCAUUGGUUCCUACUGAAGACAUUAAUCUGUAAAACUCCUCACAAAUAUAAAUCUUCAUUUUUAAUUUCCUCGAACAGCUGAUCUCUGUAGUUCCUGUCAGACAAACAGGAGGAAAUGGUGUCUUUGUUGGGGACUAUUUUCAGUGGAGGAUUAAUCCACAUUCAGUGCUGUAGUGAGCGUUUGUGGCAGGGGGAGGAAGACACAUCACAGGACUGUUAGUGGAGACGUUC